AUGGCGGAUGCAGUGGGUGUCCGUGACGGUGUCGAGAAACCGUCAGUUUUAAUAAUUGGAGGUUUGGGUUAUAUCGGUCGUUUUCUUGCAAAAUACAUUCAUACAAAUUCCCUUUGCAGUACUGUCCGUCUGGUCGAUAAAGUCCUCCCACAGCUCGCCCACCUUGCCCCAGAGUUUACCGAACCAUGCCACCAAUCCAUCUUCCUCCAGGCCGACGCCUCACGAGAAGCAUCGAUGUCCCGCAUCUUCGAGCGGCCCGACGGCUCUACAAAACCUUGGGAUUACGUCUUCAACUUGGGAGGAGAGACCGCCCUGUCCCAAGCACUGGAGGUGUACAAACUACGAAGUGUAGCACUGAGCGUCACACUGGGAAGAGAAGCAGCAAGGAGAGGAGUCAAAGCGUUCGUAGAAGCAAGCACAGGCAUGGUAUAUGCGCCAUCGCGCAACCCUCGAAAAGAAACCGACAAGCUCAAACCUUGGCUCAAGCUGGCCAAAUGCAAACUCGAAGCCGAAGAAGCCCUGUCCAAGAUCCCCGGACUCAACCUCGUUAUCCUCCGUCUCGCACACGUCUACGGUGAAUACGAUGCCGGAUUCAUCGCCAAAGCCCUCUGUCUGGCCCGGGUAUACCAAGAGCAGGAGCGAGAGCUGAAAUGGUUGUGGACCGAGGAUCUACGCAUCAACACCGUGCACGUCGAGGACGUAGCAAGAGCGCUUUGGAAAGCCGCGGAAUGGAGGGCGGUGAACAGCACCAUACCCGCCGAUGCAGCAGCAGCCGCGCCAGAAUCUCCCACCUCUCCACGACGAAGCGGCGCCCAAUUUUCAACCUAG